UCUAUGACAUUUUUCAAAACAAAAAAUUAUUUUUUUCUAUUUCUUGUUUUCCAAACAUGUCGGAUUUUGAAUUACCCUCAAAAGCCGCUCUAGCGACCAGGUUCUGCCGUUAUCAUUGGAAGGGAGUAUUGACCAUUUGUAUACCCCUGGCCUUUAGUCCAUUGAUAUUUUGUUUUCCCGGGAGAGCGGAAUUCCGCUGCAUGUAUUUGAUCUUGAUUUGUUGUUUCUAUUGGAUAACGGAAUGUAUUCCCCUGUAUGUUACCUCACUGAUGCCGAUUUUUGCCCUGCCGGCUAUGCAGAUUUUGAGCUCCGAAAGAACCUGUCAAAAUUACUUCAAAGACACCCUGGCCAUGUUCUUGGGCAGCCUGAUUGUGGCCUCGGCCAUUGAAUACUGUAAUCUGCACAAGCGUUUGGCACUGAAAACAAUACUCCUGGUGGGCUGUAGUCCUCGGAGAUUACACAUUGGCCUGAUUUGUGUGACCAGUUUCAUAUCGAUGUGGAUCUCAAAUUCGGCCACAACGGCCAUGAUGUGUCCCAUUGUCAAGGCAGUGCUGCAGGAACUGGAAACGAACCAUGUCUUGGAGAUUUGGAUGCCUGAGGAUGAAGAACCUGCCAGCGAGGGUAAACGCCAUUCCUCCCGGGUAGCCCUGGCCUUCUACUUUGGCAUAGCCUAUGCCUCGACCAUAGGUGGGUGUGGCACCCUCAUAGGAACGGGCACGAACUUAACAUUCAAGGGUCUAUUUGAGGGACGUUUUCCCGAGGCCACGGAUAAAAUCGAUUUUCCCCGCUUCAUGGGCUGGUCCAUGCCCAUGGUGAUCGGCGACACAGUGUUGUUAUUCCUCAGUCUACAAAUAUCACACAUGGGGCUGGGACGCCGCUCUAGCCAGGUGGCCAAAGAAUUGUCAAGUGGCGCCCAAGCUGCCGACACCGUUAGGUCGGUGGUAUUGGAAAAAUAUGAGGAAUUAGGUCCAAUGUCCUGGCAUGAAUGGCAGGUUCUGUUUUGGUUUUUGGCCAUGAUUGGGCUGCUCUUUACUCGCUCGCCUGGAUUUAUGCCAGGAUGGGCUGACUUUUUGAAUGCCGUCUCCAUCAAAACAUCUGCUGCGGUGAUGUUAACGGUCCUGGCCUUGUUUCUGUUUCCCAUGACUUGUUACUACUGCCACCAUUUGAGGUCCAAGGGUCCCCAUCCAUCGCAACGUGAGAGGUCAUUGCUAACCUGGGAUUUUGUGCACAAUCAUGUUCCCUGGGGCCUGGUUUUUCUGCUGGGUGGUGGCUUUGCCCUUGCCGAUGCCAGCCAGGAGAGUGGCAUGGCCAAGCUAUUGGGAGAGACCAUGUCUGCAUUGCAAUCCUGGCCUGAUUUUGCCAUACAAUUUUCGGCCAUUUCCGCGGGGAUAUUCUUGACCAACUUCAGUGCCAAUGUGCCGAUUUGUAACAUUCUCAUACCCAUACUCCAGGAGCUGGCCGUUGCCAUUAAAAUGAACCCCAUCAUGUUGGUAUUCCCGGCUGGCAUUGCCACCAGCAUGGCCUUCCAUUUGCCCGUGGGUACUCCGCCAAAUGCCAUUGUGGCGGGAUAUGCCGGCAUCAAAAGUAAAUACAUGGUCGAGGCAGGUAUUUUGCCCACAAUCUUUACCCUGCUAAUGCUGCUGGUCAAUGUCCAAAUAAUGCAUUAUCUCAUUUACCCCUCCAGAGAAUUUCCAAUUUGGGCUCAAACACCCAGGAAUAAUGAAUUUUAGAAAUUUUCUCUUAAAAAAAAAAAAAUGGUUACUUGAAAGUUUCCAAACCGGUUAUCGGUUACUGUUUUGAAAUAUGAUUUUUUCAAAGAAAUAAUUAAUCCAAUAAAUUACUUUGGUCUUGGAAAAAUUUGGUCACAAUA